ACAUAUUGAGUUUUCGCAAAAAAGCGUGUAAAUAAAUGGCUGAUUCUACGGUAUUAGACGCUAAUAAAAUGAAGGUAGUUGAUUUACGUAAAGAGUUGAAGUCGCGUGGCCUUCCUCAUACGGGCGACAAAGCAGAACUCGUGGCUAGACUACAAACAGCCAUGGCACAAGACGAUCACCAGGAUAUCAAUUUGGAUUCAGAUGAAAUAGACUCUGAUAGUGUGCUGGAAGAAGAGGAAAAAUUGGACGACGAUGACGAAAAAAGCCAAACCGACAUACUUGAUGACUCUGCAGUAGACACUAUAAACGAAGAAUUGGCGCUUGCUGAUCAACCGGCGCCGAAGCCUGCCAGCGAGGUGAAGCCGCUAAGAACACUCAAGCGAAAAAUAACUGCAGACGCAAAAGACACUAAAGAAGAAAAUAAGGAGGCUGGAUCUAAAAAAAUUGUGUUAAACAGGGCAAUUUCUGUGACACCAGCAGUUAAACCAGAUUCAGAAACCACCGAAAGUCAGCCUGAAGUUACAGCUCCAACUGAUACCAAAAUAAAAAUAACUGCGGACAUUGAUGCCAAAACAAGGUUAGAAAUGCGUGCUAAAAGAUUUGGAUUACCUGUCAAGAUGUCAGAUGAUGAAAGGAAAGAGGCCAGAAAACAGAGAUUUGGCCAGAACACUUCAAGCGCAAUUACUUCAAACAAGACACCAGCAACAUUGAGUGAGAAUUUAGAUAAACUCAAACAAAGAGCUGAAAGAUUUGGACAAUCAGUGUCUAAAAUUAUGACUGAUAUAGAACUUAAGGAAAGGAUUGAGAAACGCAAGGCUAAGUUUGGUACUGUUCAGUAAACAAACAUGUUAGAAUCAGGAAAUUAACUGUAAAUAUGCACAUCACCUUUGCAAAUUUUCU